AUGCAUAUCCAAGCAGCAGUGUCGCUUCUCUUGGCUGCCAAGGCAGCUGCCAUGCCCGCGUCGGCCAUCUUCGGUCGACAGGGGGCAACCUGUAGUACUCCGACAAACUAUCCCGCCGUCAACGAAAGGCAGCUGCCAGACCCCUGGAAGAUGGCCAGCGGAAAGUCCGUCGCAUCUGCCGAGGACUGGACCUGUCGUCAGGCCGAGAUGAGCAAGGCCUUGCAGCAGUACGUCCUGGGCGACUACCCGCCCCCUCCGGACUCGGUCACUGCCACGGCCAGCGCGACUGGCCUGAACAUCCAGAUCAAGGUUGGCAGCAACACCAGGGCCAUCUCGGUCGGCAUCACCAAGCCCACCAAUCCGGGCGCCUUGGGAGGUCCGGCCAUCAUCGGCAUCGGCGGCAUCUCGAUCCCUGUACCCGCCGGCAUUGGCCGUAUUAACUUUGGCAACGACGCCUGCGCGUCACAGGCCGGCUCGCAAAGCCACGGGACCGGCUGGUUCUUCGACCUGCACGGCCGCAGUCACAGCGCAGGGGCCACCACAGCCUGGGCCUGGUGUGUAGGCCGCAUCAUCGACGCCCUGGAGCAGCUGGGCCCGGCAGUGACGGGCAUCAACACGGCCAGGCUUGGCGUCAGCGGGUGCAGCCGCAACGGCAAGGGCGCCUUCAUCGUCGGCGCGCUCGAGAAGCGCAUUGCCCUUACGAUCCCGCAGGAGUCUGGCUCGGGCGGGGCGGCAUGCUGGCGGAUAUCGGACUCUGAAAAGGCCAAGGGCAAGAACAUCCAGACGGCGAGCCAGAUCGUCACCGAGAACGCGUGGUUCUCGCCGCGAUUCAACUCCUUCACCAGCAGAACGACGACGAUCCCGGCGGACCAUCACUUCUUAGCAGCUAUGGUGGCGCCGAGGGGCCUGUUCGUCAUAGAGAACGACAUCGACUGGCUGGGACCCGUGAGUACGACGGCAUGUAUGAAGGCGGGUAGGGCCAUUUACCAGGCCCUCGGCGUCGGGCCUAGCAUGGGGUUUUCGCUGGUCGGUGGUCACCAGCACUGCCAGUUCCCGUCAGCCACGACGGCCAACCUCAACUCUUACAUCAACAGGUUUUUGCUUGGAACGGGCCAAACGAACAAUGUAGAAACGAGCAGAGCUACGGUCAAUAUGGCCGAGUGGACUAGCAACUGGUCCGCAGCGCCACAGAUAACCUUGACGUCGCCUGCACGACAUUGA